AUGGCGGCCAAAGUUGUCCUCGAAGACCAAGUUCCCGAGCACGGCGUCGAAUUGAAGUUGAUGGAUUGUUUUGACACUUUCUUGAGCAUCAGUAAUUAUAAAGAUCCAAAUAUUGUCACAAGUACUACUAACGGACUAGAACUAGCUUUAAGUCAGUGCCAAGAAAUAUUUCAAUGGGACAAAUGGAACUGUCCUAGAACGGCAUUUAAUAGGCAAAGAACGUCCACGAAGGAAACUGCUUUUGUUCAAGCAUUAACAGCAGCCGGAAUAGUUUAUGCGAUAACAAAAAAUUGUUCACGCGGUCAAAUUGAGGGUUGUCGUUGUAAUAGAACAUCUAUUCCCGAUUCUGAUCACUCAAAAAUAUCAUUGGGACUAUCGAAUAACCAUAAUAUGAUACCAAAUUGGCCAGGCUGCUCCGACGAUACGCAUACAGCCGUUGAUAUUACAAAAAAAGUUUUACAUGAUUUGGAUAAGGGAUUAGAUCCGAGAGCUUACGUAUCCAGACAUAAUCAAAAAGUUGGAAUUGAAGUAAUUAAACGUUCGAUGGAGAAAAAAUGCAGAUGUCACGGUACGACGGGGGCUUGUACUUUACAGACAUGCUGGAUGGUGCUGCCGCCUUUCCAAAAAAUUGGUAAAAAAUUGAAAAAUUUGCAUAAAACGGCUCUUAGAGUAACUAGCGACGAAAUACAAAGAUAUAUUAUAAUAGGAAAUUCAGCUACUCGACCAUUCGUCGAAGAAAAAGAAAUACGGGGUACCAAACGUAAAUUGAUUUAUUUAGAUUCAUCGCCAGACUAUUGCGUACAAAAUACGAUGGAAGGUAUUCCCGGCACCAAAGGUCGUAUGUGUUCCAAAAACAAUGUAAACGUCACCAAAUCUGAAACGAGUAGUUGUCAAAAUUUGUGUAAGAAAUGCGGCUACCGCAUUAAACAGACCCGGAGGACGAUAACUAGGAAUUGCAACUGCACUUUCAGUUGGUGUUGCACUGUUAAAUGCGACACUUGCGAAGAAGUUGUCGAUGAGUAUUGGUGCAACUGA